GGCAUUUAGCAAAUACAAGCAAGGAAGAAAAGAUUAGUGGUGGAUUGUUUUAUGAUAAGAAUAUUAAAUUUUGUAAAUAUUUAAUUCUAAUUUUCACCAUUCUAAUCAUUUUAAUUCAUAUUUAACCAUAAUAUAUCAUGGAAGAUGAUAAAGUGACUGAGGAUGCUGAAAGACCGCCACAAGAAAUGAUGGAGGAAGGCGAUGGAGAAGGAAUGCCGUCUGAUUAUGAGGAUGAAGGAGGCUAUGAAAAUUACGAUGAAGAUGAUGAUGAUUUUAGACCUAGAAGAGGUAGAGGUUUUGGAAAAAAUUGGAAUGGACCAGGAUCUCGCGAAGGCCCACCACGAUUCAGAGGAAGAGGAUAUGGGCCAGGAGGACCACCAUUUCGAGGACGUGGACCAAUGGCUGGGCCGAUGUUUCGUGGACCAGGUAACAGAGGUGGGCCGGGAGGUGGACCACCACCAGGUUUUGGUGGUGCACCGAAUUUUGGUGGACCGAAUUGGGGAGGGCCACCGGGAGGACCUAUGGGGCCACCAAAUAUGAUGGGACCGGGUGGCCCAAAUGGACCACCUUUUGGUGGUCCACCAGGUAUGAUGGGGCCACCAGGAAUGGGUCCUCCUGGUAUGGGGCCUCCUCAUAUGAUGGGUGGACCUGGUGGACAAAAUGGACCCAUGGGACCUGGAAAUUUUGCUCCUGGAAUGGGUGGUCCUAAUGCACCUCCAAUGGGUAUGGAUAUGAAUGCAGAAAUUUGGGUGGAAACUAAGACAAGUGAGGGUAAGUCAUAUUUUUAUAACGCGAGAACUAGAGAAACAACAUGGAACAAACCAGAGGGACAAAAUGUGAAAGUAAUAUCACAAGAUCAAGUUGAGGCGAUGGCUCAGGCUGCGGUGAUGGCACAAGGAGCUCCUGGUGGACCUCAAACAGCAGCCCAAGCUGCUCAAUCACAAGCAUCAAAUUCUAACAAGGCAGAAGAAGGUGGAAAUAAUGAAGAAACAGCAGAACCUAAUUCGAAUCCAGCUGGUGGAAAUAACAAUGUUGGGGCAGGUGGUAUGGGUUCUGCUCCACAAGGGGCACCAAAUACAUUACAGCCUCCACCUGGCUUAAUGCAAGGGCCUCCGCCUGGUGGAAUGCCUCCAUUCGGAGGACCAGGUUGUCCACCAUUUGGAAUGCCUCCACCUGGAUUCCAAAACAAUUGGCCUCCCGGAGGACCACCUGGAUGGCAAGGUAUGCCGCCCUGGGGUAUGCCACCAGUAAGUGGAAUGCCAGGAAUGGCAUCACAAUUUGGACCAGAUGAAGCUACAUUACUAAGUCAAAUCGAUCCUGAAAUACUUGCAAAAUCUGCUGAAUGGAGUGAACAUAAAGCACCCGAUGGUAGAUUUUAUUAUUAUAAUUCUAAAAAAGGAGAAUCUGUUUGGGAAAAGCCACAAGCGCUGAAAGACUUAGAAACUGCUAAAUUAGCUGCUGCUCAAGGUAUAUCCACAAAACCAUCUCAACCUUCUGGAGCUGGUGCUCCAGUUGCCACUUCUAUAGAAACACAAUUAAAACCUACCAAUACUACAGCAACAUCUGAUAUGGUAACCGCAACAAAUGGUGAUAUGGCUGAAGAUGAAGAUGAGGAAGAAAGACAAAAAAGAGAAUUAGAAGAAAAACAAAACAAAGAGGAAGAAAAGAAAGAACAAAAAACACAAGAUAAAUCACGACCAAUAUCAAGUACUCCAGUACCUGGAACUCCUUGGUGUGUGGUAUGGACUGGUGACGGUCGAGUAUUUUUCUAUAAUCCUUCAACACGUACAUCGGUUUGGGAGCGGCCUGAUGACUUAUUAAAUCGAGGUGAUGUUGAUAAAAUGUUGGCAUCACCACCUGAAGCUUUAAUAAAUCAAGCCGCCACCACGCCCAAAAAGAAACGUAGUGAUGAAUCCAGUGAUAGUGAAGAUGGUACACCUGCUAAAAAACCUAAAACAGAAGCUCCUGCAAACGGCGUAAAACCGUUAGAAAAAAAGACAAUAGAUAUUGGAAAAGAAGCAGCUAUUGAAGCUGAAGUUCGUGCAGCUAAAGAAAGAGCAAUUGUACCGUUAGAUGUGCGAAUAAAAUCAUUUAAAGAAAUGUUAGCUGAAAAAGAAGUGUCAGCAUUUAGUACUUGGGAAAAAGAAUUACAUAAAAUUGUAUUUGAUCCAAGAUAUUUAUUACUGACAUCAAAAGAACGAAAACAAGUAUUCGAAAAAUAUGUAAAAGAACGUGCAGAGGAUGAACGGCGAGAAAAACGUAAUAAAUUACGUGAACGAAAAGAAGCUUUUCGAAAACUAUUGCAAGAAGCACAUUUACAUGGAAAAUCAUCAUUUAGUGAUUUUGCACAAAAGUUCGCAAAAGAUGAACGAUUUAAAAAUAUUGAAAAAAUGCGUGAACGUGAAGGAUUAUUUAAUGAAUAUUUGAUUGAAGUACGCAAACGUGAGAAAGAGGAGAAAUCACAACGUCGCGAACAGAUAAAGAAAGAUUUCCAUGCAAUGCUACGUGAGCAUUCCGACAUAGAUCGUCAUUCAAGGUGGCCUGAUGUUAAGAAGAAGAUUGAUUCAGAUCCACGUUACCGUGCUGUAGAUUCGAGUUCAACACGCGAGGAUUGGUUCCGUGAGUAUUGUAAAAUUCUUAAAGAUGAAAAACGACGUGCUAAAGAAAAAGAUCGAGAACAUCGACGUGAAAAAGAGCGUCAUGGUAAAGAUAAAAAAGACAGAGGAGAUAAAGAUAAUGCUGAUAGUGACAGUAAAAAAGAUCGUAAAAAUAGUGAAAAUGAUAAAAGUGAAACAGAUAAAGAAACUGCCAAAGAGGAUGGUAAUGAUGAAACGGCUGCACGUUCAGAUGAUGAACGAGAGAAAAAGGAGAAAGAAAAAGAGAAACAAGCUAGAACUGAAGCAAGUUUACGUGAACGAGAGAAAGAAGUACAACGAACUUUGGCAACACACUUACGUGAUAGAGAUAAGGAAAGGGAACAACAUAAACGUGACGAAGCUGUACAACAUUUUAAUGCGCUGUUAGCUGAUCUUGUACGAAAUGCCGAGUUGACAUGGCGUGAAGCUAAACGACAGUUACGAAAAGAUCAUCGAUGGGAUUUGGCUGAUUUGUUAUCGCGAGAAGAAAAAGAAAAAUUAUUUAAUGAGCAUACGGAUCAAUUAUCAAAAAAGAAACGUGAUAAAUUCCGAGAAAUGCUUGACGAAGUUAGUGAUUUAACAUUAACAAGUAAUUGGAAAGAUAUUAAAAAAUUAAUUAAAGAAGAUUCUCGUUAUAUUAAAUUUUCUUCGAGUAGUGAACGCUGCGAAAGAGAAUUUAAAGAUUAUAUUAAAGACAAAUUAAUAACGGCUAAAGGAGAGUUUAGAGAAUUAUUACAGGAAACGAAAUUAAUAACACAUCGAUCAUUAACAACUCUACAUGAAAAUGAACAACAUAUGAACGAAAUUGAAGAAAUUUUAAAGAAUGACAAACGUUAUUUAGUAUUAGAUUGUAUACCAGAAGAACGAACGCAAUUAAUUGUUGCGUACCUAGAAGAAUUAGACAAACGUGGUCCUCCACCACCACCCACUGCUAGUGAGCCUGGUCGAAGAUCUGUCAAAUAAAUCUAAUAAAAUUGUACAAUUAAUAAUAAAUGUUACGUAAUUGCAUUUUUAAUGAAUCAAAAGAUAAAUAUUAAUAUUAAUAAUAAUG